AUGUACGGAUUGACAGAGGGACCGAGACACAAGCAGCAGAAAGAUUGUCCUCGAGUUUGGCAGAUCUAUGGUCAUUUAAAUGACUGCGGCAAUGCUGAGCCUGUUGAUCCAGCUGAAUUCGAUGAGUAUGGCUGUAUUGACAGAAACCCAUUCCUUCCUCAUCUAUUUUAUUCUACAGAAACUGACUAUCUUGAUCGAAGUGAUUUUGAAUUGACCAAUCCUAUCAAAGUUAAAUGCUGUGAUGAAAACAGUGUUAUUCAAGACUCAACCGAUUAUGGACGUCGUGGUCAAAAGGAAACGCUUUUCACCACCGAAGAUGAGUUUUGUGAACGAAGGCUAUUCAGUUCUCCCAAAUUGGAGGAAGUGGAGUACCUUGGCGUUAAACCAAGCUUCCUUGAUUCGCCAGUAUCUGAAAACAAUGAUUAUUAUAAUCUGAAACCUGUUGUUGUGGAUUUGACAGGAAUUGAGCUACCAGUAAAAUCAGCGUCCCUUCUGAACACUCUAAGCGGGAAAUCUUCUUUGGAGGAACCAAUAAUGUGUUCUAGCUCAAUAAAAACAGAGGUUGGCGAAGAUGUUUAUUCAAACAGUAAAAAUUCAAUAUUUGAACUAAAUGAACAGAAACUAUACGAUAUUUCUGAAAUUGUUCCUGUUGAAGAGUUUUUGCCAAACCAGUUCAUGGAGACUGUUAAGCAAGAGACGCAAGAUAAUCACGCUGAAAAUGAAGCGAAACAAGUAAAAUCGAAGGGGAGGAAAACAAGAAAGAAGAAAAGAAAGAAAUCAAAUCUGUUGAAAAAGAAUAAUGCUAAAAACACUUCUCGAAAAAAGGCAAUCAGUAAAAAUAUUACUGAAAAAACUAAAGAACAAAAUGAAACUAACGGUGAUUGUACGAGAGAAAACAAUGGAACGAAAGUAACUGAGAACAAACAAUAUUGGUGGAAUGCACUUCAGCGUUACAAUUUCAGGCCACGUGAUAAAUUGAAAAAUAAUUCCAUCCAAACUCAAGAGGACAUCUUGAAUGAGAUGCUUGGUUUUGAAAGCGACUCUACUAUAGAAGAUAAUGUAAUCGAGAGUUUUGGAAUGAGACCCAAAAAGCAGACUUCGCAAGGUAAAAUGAAAAUCACGUUCAAUAGGUCCUUUGUGAAAGAGGAGAUUAAAAAUGAACUGGGUGUAGAAGAGUCUGAAUUUUCAAUCAACAAACACAGAAAACCUCAAGCUAAACGAGGCAGAAAGAAAAAAGAAAAUGAUAUGCAUGAAUCUAAAGAUAGUGUAGAAUUUGCGAAUACAUCGCCUUACCAGCCUUUCCAAGAAAAACAUCCCAUGAAAGCAAAUGUAAAACAUCCCAUCAUUCAUUGCAAAAAAGAAUAUAGCAGCAAAGAGGUAAAGCCAACUUUAAAAACGGAUUUUAAAUGGUGUCCAAACGUAAAUUAUGAUUACUUGAAUCAUGAAAAUGGUUCAAACAAUAAAAUUUCUUAUUGUACCCGAAGCAAAACAGCACACGAAGGUUCUUAUAAAAGCACUUCGAACUACUUCGAAGAUUACGAAGUCAACUGGGAUCAGUUCACGUUCUCUAACAGUGCUGAUACCAACAUGGCAAACCCCAAAUUCAUGAAAGAUGAAGGUUUCGUUGAUAAGCGUGAUAAAUACUCGAAUACAUUCACUGUUAACUACGAAGAAGAUUACGAUGGCAAAACAAUGAAAAUAUUUUCGAAUAAAAAAUUCAAAUGCGAUGAGUGCAUUUAUUCCAGUGACCGACGUUCUAAAAUAGAACAGCACAAACUGAAACACGCGAUGGGAAUGGAAUAUCGAUGCCACUUCUGCCAUUUUGUGUCCUCUUACAAUCGAGAAUUUUAUCGUCACAUGGAGACGCAUUAUGAAGGUCCACCUUAUAGGUGUGAGCAUGCGCAGUGUAAUUAUGUUUCAUGCAGAAUAUCUACUCUGCUUGUGCAUUGCGUCAUGCACUCUAACGUACGUGGCUAUAAAUGUCACUUAUGCUCCUAUAGCUGCAAAAGGAAGUAUCAUUUGAAAGGUCACAUGGUGACACAUUCUUCUGAGAAGCAAUUUCUGUGCUCGUUCUGCCAGAAAAAAUACAAGCACAAAUGUAGCCUCGUUAGACACCUUCUAAGACACGAAGGUCGUGUGAAGUAUAAAUACUAA